AUGGCAUCUAAAAUUGAAGACAUUAAACUGGACAUUGAUGAGCUGAAUAGUCUGUUGCUGCAAGCAAAAAGACAGAAAGUCAAAGACAUGCUUGCGUUGGAGGUUAGACGUCUUCAAACAGAGCUGACUAAAAUAAUGGAGGCUAAUAAAAACGAGGAGAACAAAAACUCGAAGCCGGCAGUUCCAGCGGUCUCAGAUUCAAAGUGCUACGAGGUGAAAUUGACCAACUACGCCUGGGACCAGUCUGAUAAAUUCAUAAAGCUGUAUGUCACCCUGAAGAAUGUUCAAUCGUUAUCCAAGGAAGCUGUUGCCUGCAAUUUCUCCGAGAGGUCUAUUGACCUCCGAGUUAUGGGAUUGGAGAAUCGAAACUACCAGCUUCCAAUUUCAAAUCUCUGCGAAGACAUCGACCCGUCUAAAAGCUACAUCAAGGUUAAAACUGAUAUGAUCGUUGUGUUCUUGUCUAAAAAGGCUUCUAAGAAUUGGACACACGUGACUGGAAUAGAGAAGAGAAUAAAGGAAUCGAAAAAUGCUCCCCCAAGCUCCGAUAAUGCAGACCCGGAAGCUGGAUUGAUGAAUAUCAUGAAGAAAAUGUACCAAGAAGGCGAUGAUGAGAUGAAGAGGACAAUUGCUAAAGCGUGGACUGAAAGUCAAGAGAAGAAGACUGCCAGUCUUGACAAUUUCCCAUCAAUAUAA